AAACACGAGUGUCACUUAUGUGAAUAUGCUGUAAGUGAAAAAAAAACUCUCGAAAUGCAUGUGAAAUCAGUUCAUUUGAAAAUUAACGAUCACCAGUGUGCCUUCUGCGAUUUCGUUACGAAUAGAAAACAUGUCCUUCAAAAUCAUAUCGAUUCAGUCCAUUCAAAUAUCAAGAAACACAAGUGUCAUCUAUGUGAAUAUUGUACGAAUAGAAAAGGCAGCCUUCAAAACCAUGUCGAUUUUGUUCACUUAAAUAUCAAGAAUCAUAAAUGUCACUUGUGUGACUAUGCUUCGAGUUAUAAAAGUCAGCUUGAAGCACAUUUUGAGUCAGUUCACAAGUGUGAUUUUGUUCAUUUAAAUAACAAAAAGCACAAAUGUCACUUAUGUGAAUUUGCAACAAGUGUAAAAAGUAAACUUGAAGUACACAUAAAAUCCGUUCAUUUAAAAAUCAGAGAACACAAAUGCCACUUAUGUGAAUACGCUACGAAUACAAAUAAGGACCUGGAAGUUCACAUAAAAUCUGUCCAUUUGAAAAUAGAAGAGCUCAAAUGCCACUUAUGUAAAUAUUCUACGAAUAAAAAAAGAGACCUAGAAGUACACGUAAAUUCUGUUCAUUUGAAAAUUAAAGAACACAAAUGCCACUCAUGUGAAUUUACUGCAAGUAAAAAAAGUUGUAUCGAUAGUCACGCGAAAUCUGUUCAUUUUAAAUUAAAGGAACACAAAUGUCAUCUAUGUAAUUUCGAUACAAACAGUAAAAGUCUUCUUCGGAACCACAUCAACACUGUCCAUUCAAAUAUCAAGAAACACCAGUGUCACUUAUGUGAAUAUGCUGUAGUUAAAAAAAGGGACCUCGAGAUACAUAUAAAAUCAGUUCAUUUGAAUAUAAAGGAACACAAGUGCAACUUCUGCGAUUAUGCUACAAACAGAAAAGAGUCGCUUCAGAAUCACGUCGAUUUUGUGCAUUUGAAAAUUAAAGAACACAAGUGUCACCUGUGCGAUUAUGCUGCAACUAGAAAAGUUCACCUUCGGAAACACAUCGACUUCGUUCAUUUGAAUAUAAAAAAUCACAAGUGUCACUUAUGCGAAUUUGCUGCGAGUGAAAAAAAAAUUCUUGAGGUACACGUUAAAUCUGUUCAUUUGAAGAUAAAAAAAUACAAUUGCGACUUCUGUGAUUACGGUACAGAUAGACCAAGUGCGAUUAAAAACCAUGUCGACUCUGUUCAUUCAAAUUUGAAAGAAAACGAGUAACAGUCUUUUGAUUAUGUUACUAGUGACCUUGCAUGGGAUGUAAAAUUUGUUUAUUUUGAAAAUUGAAUUUGUAAACUUUUGGAAAUAAUUAUGUAAUAUUUGUUUAUUUGAAAAUAAAGUAGCACAUAUAUGAUUGUUGGGAUUAUAUGAUACCAAAAAUGUA